UAAACUUUAAAAAAAAAAAAGAGAGUUUCCAAUCUGCUCUUUCCGGGAGAGGGUCGAACACGGAUUGCUGCUUAUCAGACUCCUAAAAACAACAACCAUAGCUCAUGUGUCUUUGGGAACUCCAUGCCAUGUAGCCCAGCAGUGCCCGUGUUCCUGAGGGACUUUAAUGCCCAAAUGUGAUAAGUCUCAGUUAAAGAGAAAAAGGUAUAAAGGAGGCAGUUCACGGGAAGAGCCCUGAAUUUCGAAUUUUAAAUUUGGACCGUGAAUUUUGAAGUGGACUAAAUUUUUGUGUCCUUGUGUUUCUAUAACUGUCCUGCGUUUCUACCUUACACUGUAGUGUUAAAAUGACAAUCCACUGAGCAGACUGCAAGACCUGUUCUUUAUAAAUAGUAAACCUUUGCAUGCAUGAAGUUUUUUUGCUCUUUCCAAUAACCUCGCCUGUUUAUCCCUCUAGGCCCACUUCAAACAUUUGCUUUACUUGGAAGACAUCCCUAAUCAUUUCAGGCAAAAUGAAUGAACAUAGGCCCUCACAGUACUCUCCCUAAAUUAUAAUCGUAACAUAUAUGGCACUGAUGCUUGCAGUCCGGUUGUAUCAAUUAACCUUUGCCAAAUUGGUGCUGUAAUACAAACCACCCCAAAACUCACUGGCUUAAAACCACAAGCAUGCAUUCUCACUCCUGAGGGAGAUGGCUGGGCUGCACACAGGGGGCUGAUGGGGCAGCUCUACUGCAGGUGUCUCUCGUCUUCCUCCUGGGACCAGCAGCUGGCUGGCCAGGGCAUGUUCUUCUCGUGGCAAAAAAAAAAAAAAAAAAAAAAAAUUCAAAUUGCUAGGAAGCACACUCCCCCUACAAAGAGGCUAGAGCAAGAAUUGGAUUCAGGGAAGAGUAAAGAAUUGUAGUUAAUCAUUCAGUCUUUCAAACAGGUUCACCUGCCCUGUUAGAUCAGGAGCCCCUAGUGGGUUGGAAACAAUGCCUGCUUCCAUAUCGCUUGCCCCUCUGCCUGGGGCUGGCAGCUGGUAGAUAUUCUCUGAUGUUUGCCAAGGUCCAAAAGUCCUUCCCAACCUUUUCUUUUAUAGCAGAUGUUGGCAAACUAUGACUGCAGACCAAAGCUUGGCCUGGUUUUAGUGCCAACAGAGCUGUAAAAAUACAAAUGUUUGAAAAAAAUUAAAAGAAGAAGAAUAUUUAAUGACCCAUGAAAAUUAUAUGAAAUUCAAAUGUCAGUGUCCAUAAAUAAAGUUUUAUUGGGACACAACCACACCCAUUUCUCUGUGUAUCGUCUAUGGGCGCUUUAGAGCAAAAGAGCAUAGUUGGAGUUGUCAUAGAGACUAUAUGUCCCCAAAAGCCUAAAACAUCUACUCUCUUGCCUGUACAGAAACCAUUCGCCGCCCCUGCUUCAUAGGAUAAAGGAACCGAGAAAGCCCCAGGAGUAAUCGGAAGCCUGCGACACCCAUGUGUCACUGAUCUGGAGGCAUCCCUCGCGGCAGCGCUUCAUGACCCAGCGGCGCCCCGCCCAGUGAAGCCACCGUGGUGUCCAGCAUGGCCGCGCUGCUCCUGGGCGCGGUGAUGCUGGUGGCCCAGCUCCAGCUAGUGCCUUCCCGCCCCGCCGUGCCCGGGGCCGAGCUGGGCCAGCCGGAGCUUGUGAGGAAAGCGGCGACCUUGCAGGACGAGAUCCGGGAAGGCGCGGCCCCCAACGGCUCCGCCCAGCAGCUGCCUCAGACCAUCAUCAUCGGUGUGCGCAAGGGGGGCACACGCGCGCUGCUGGAGAUGCUCAGCCUGCAUCCCGACGUGGCGGCCGCAGAGAACGAGGUGCACUUCUUCGACUGGGAGGAGCAUUACAGCCAAGGCUUGGGCUGGUACCUCAGCCAGAUGCCCUUCUCCUCCCCGCACCAGCUCACGGUGGAAAAGACCCCCGCGUACUUCACGUCGCCCAAAGUGCCUGAGCGGGUCCACAGCAUGAACCCGUCCAUCCGGCUGCUGCUCAUCCUGCGGGACCCGUCAGAGCGCGUGCUGUCCGACUACACCCAAGUGUUCUACAACCACAUGCAGAAGCACAAGCCCUACCCGUCCAUCGAGGAGUUCCUGGUGCGUGAUGGCCGGCUCAACGUGGACUACAAGGCUCUCAACCGCAGCCUGUAUCACGUGCACAUGCAGAACUGGCUUCGCUUCUUCUCGCUGCGCCGCAUCCACAUCGUGGACGGCGACCGCCUCAUCAGGGACCCCUUCCCCGAGAUCCAAAAGGUCGAGAGGUUCCUGAGGCUGUCGCCGCAGAUCAAUGCCUCGAACUUCUACUUUAACAAAACCAAGGGCUUUUACUGCCUGCGGGACAGCGGCCGGGACCGCUGCUUACACGAGUCCAAAGGCCGGGCGCACCCGCAAGUCGACCCCAAGCUCCUCAAUAAACUGCAUGAAUAUUUUCACGAGCCAAAUAAGAAAUUCUUCGAGCUUGUCGGCAGAACAUUUGACUGGCACUGAUUUGCGAUAAGCUAGGCUCAGAACCUUUCCUAUUGUAAGUUCUAGUGUACAUCUAGGGGGGAAAGAGAAUUUUAAAAGGGCAUUUAAGCUAUAAUUUAUUUGUAAAAUCCAUAAAUUACUUCUGUACAGUAUUAGAUUCACAAUUGCCAUAUAUACUAGUUAUAUUUUUCUACUUGUUAAAUUGAGGGCAUUUUGUAUUGUUUUUCAUGGUUGUUAACAUGUGUAAUAUGUCUCUAUAUGAAGGAACUAAAAUAUUUCACUGCAAAAAAAAAAAAAAAAAUUCUGGAGACGCUGUCUUUUUUGAAUGUAGUUAACUUGCCCCCAACUCAAGAUAGCUGCCUGUGUUCACUCACUGCACAUAUUCCUUUAUUUCUUACUUAAAAAAAAAAAAACGUUUUUCAUAGCUGUUAUACUCCUCUCCCAUUCUCUCCCUUCUUCAUUACCUUUUAAAAAUUUUAAUGGCUCGCUGUGGUCAUCAGAUUUAUUUUUUUACUUGCAUGGUGAGAUUUCUCUUCAUUGAGAUCCCCUAUUAUUUUUGGAGGUGAUAGUCUCACCCAUUCCCAACUUCAGCAAGUACCUGAAUGUGGAUUUUAACCCCAUGUAAACUCCAAGUGGACAAAGAAAUUAAGCUGGAGAAGUAGUUACUAACCAGCAAGAGGCUUGCCUCAGAGAGUGCUUGCACUUACUUCUGACUGCAGCAAUGUGUGAAACUACAAUAAAGGGAAUUAAACCUGGUCUCA